AUGACUUUUGUCUUUGGUAUUGCGUGCUAAAGGGGUCAAGCUUUGUACCUUUGCCCCUUUCCUUGGCAUUUCUUCAAACACCUCCGCUCCACGACUUCCCAACCUUUCCACACGACAUGGCUCCUUUAAGAGCCCGAGUAAAUUGCCGUCUGAGCUUGCCAUGACUCCAGAACCGCUCCCGGAGGUUCAGAUUCCGGUUAGCACGCGACGGGGCGACGGCAGCAUGAGCCAUCCGGUUAUGGAUGCGGAGAUGCAGAUUCGGCCAGUGUCCCCAGAAAGCAAGCGCUUAAAGAAAUGGUUCCCAGGGUUGGUUCCUUCGUUUGCUGUAGCUAAUGUUGUGUUGUUCGUAGUCACCAUGGGCGUCAAUGACUGUCCCAAGAACUCUGAUUCGUGCAGUCUUCGGUUCUUAGGGAGGUUCGCUUUUCAGCCGUGGAAAGAAAACCCUCUUCUGGGCCCUUCAGCCUCCACGCUACAGAAGAUGGGGGCAUUAGAUGUGAGUGAAGGGGUCCACAGACACCAGGGAUGGCGUCUUAUCACUUGUAUUUGGCUGCACGCUGGAGUUCUUCAUUUACUAGGCAAUAUGUUGAGUCUUUUAGUAAUUGGCAUUCGACUUGAGCAAGAAUUUGGUUCUGAUGUCGGGUUUUCACCUCCUUUUUUAGUGCGGAUAGGGUUGCUAUAUCUGAUCUCUGGUUUUGCUGGGAGUGUGUUGUCAGCACUCUUUAUUAUCCAAUCUAAUAUCUCAGUUGGUGCUUCUGGGGCACUUUUUGGAUUAUUAGGAGGCAUGCUUUCGGAAUUAAUAACCAAUUGGACCAUAUAUGUUAAUAAGGUAGCAGGACUAUUGACCCUAGUGGUUGUCAUUGUGAUCAAUCUAGCAUUGGGGAUCCUCCCCCAUGUGGACAGUUUCGCUCAUAUUGGAGGGUUUAUUUCUGGAUUUCUUCUUGGGUUUGUGUUUUUGAUCCGCCCCUGGUUUGGAUGGGUUAGCCAACAAUAUAUCCUCCCUGGAUAUUCCUCUGCUUCAACCAAACCUAAAUUCAAGAUAUACCAGAUCAUAUUGUGGAUGCUUUCUGUAAUCCUUCUUAUUGUUGGGUUUACGGUCGGCUUAGUUGUGCUUUUCCACAAAGUUGAUCCAUUGACGUGAAUGAUCACUGUUGUUGAUGCCAUUAUUGGAGUUUUGUUGUUACUCAAAGGAGCCGUGAUAGACAGGCUGUAUCCUGCUUGUCUGAUCAAAUCGGCAACCUGCUAACCUAACGUGCUAGGGCACCGGCCACGGCCAGAGUGAUCCGAGGGCUAUGCUAUGCACUCAGCUUAGCCAUAACUAAUUCCAACGUUUUAAGUUUACUUCCAUCAGCGCUGUCCAUCUGUUUUUAGUUUUUACUAGGGUUCUUCUUGUAAAUUGACCUUCAUUACUGAAAUUGUACCUAUUAAAUAAGAUAAGUAAGGGGGUAUUAGUAUAAUUAAUUUUAAAUACACAUGUAUAUAUAUAUAUGUUUGUACUGUACAUUUGUGAGUAAUAUACACAAUUUGUUUUAUUCACAUAAUUGUAGCCAAUUCAUUCACACAAUUUUUUAU